AUGCAUCCGGGCGCCCUCGAGCUGCUCGCGUUCGUCGUCAUCUUCGCCUACAUAUUCAACUUCUUCGUCGGCCGGAAACAGAACGAACGCAUUGCCGCUUCCUUUGCCCAGGCCUUCCUCCCGGACGGUGCGUUGUUGGACCGCGAGUUCGCGCAGCUGCAGCCCGACGACAUGCGGCCGGGCGAGGUCAUCCUCAAGGACUCCAACCACUUCUUCCGCUUCUACCUCACCGGCCGCCGCGGCCCCGUCGCCUGUUGCAACGUGCGCCUCCAGCUGUCACCGCGCGCCGACCUCCUCGCGCGGGUGCUCGCCGUGGCCUUCGCGCAGUUCGCGGGGCUCGAGUGGCUCGCGCCGCGCGACACGUGCGUCGUCGAGCUCGAGCUGGACGGGCCGGGGGUGCCCGGGUUCGUGAUGGCUGUCGCAGCAUCGCGUGCGGGGGCCGCGGACCUCAAGUCGCGGCAUAACGACCUGCGGCGGUUCGCGCGGGAGAUGGGGCCGGAGCCGGGGCGCCCGUGGCUGGACUCGUCGCUGUACGUGCUGUGCGAGCACCGCGACCCCGUCGUGGACGUCGCCGGGCUGCCGUGCGUGCAGGAGGUGCUGGGCCCCGUCGCCGGCGACGGCGGCGCGGGGUCGAGCGGGUACGCGCUGCUGGCCGAGGGCCUGUUCGACUCGCUAUUGCUGUCGCCGCACUACGGGCUGCAGACGGACAAGGAGGACAGGCCGCCCGGCGCGGCGGAGCAGCGGGGCAUCAUGCGGCUCACGAUGAGGCUGCCGCCUGGGUCGGGGGUGCAGGGGCGGGUGCGCGUCCUGGAGCCGCUGAUGGAGAUGGCGCUGGCGCUGGCAGACGCGCUGCCGGCGUACCGGCCGACGGAGCGCGCGAAGAAGAGGCGGAAGGAGGUCGAGGAGGACCUGGCCGCGCCGGAGCGCGAGAGGGAGGAGGAGGCGCGGCGGAAACGCGCGGAGGAUCGAGCGGCGGAGAAGCGGCGAGAGGCGGCGCGGAAGCGGAGCGCGAAGGCCGCGCCGGAGCGGCUGACGAAGGAGGAGCGGGCGGCCAAGAAGGCGGAGAAGCGGCGGAACAACAGGUGGGCGGCGGGGCGCUGA